AUGGCAACGAGCUCUUCCUCUUUAGAUCCAGACAGACGCAAGAAAGCUUUACAAGAUUACCGAAAGAAAUUGUUAGAGCAUCGCGAAAUAGAUGCAAAAGUUAAAGAAUUUCGUCUUGGUCUUCGCGAUCUUGAAAAGCAAUAUGACAAAACAGAAGAAGAUAUCAAAGCUUUACAAAGUGUUGGUCAGAUCAUAGGCGAAGUAUUAAAACAAUUAGAUGAAGAACGAUCAUCUUCUGGUCCACGUUAUGUGGUAGGGUGUCGCAACAAAGUAAAUAAAGAAAAACUUAAACAAGGCACGAGAGUUGCUUUAGAUAUGACAACUUUAACAAUUAUGCGAAUGUUACCAAGAGAAGUCGAUCCAUUGGUAUAUAAUAUGAGUUUAGAAGAUCCGGGUAAGGUGAACUUUGCUGGAAUCGGUGGACUUGGUGAGCAAAUCCGUGAACUUCGAGAGGUUAUAGAGUUACCUCUGAUGAACCCAGAACUUUUCAUUCGUGUUGGUAUUAAACCACCAAAGGGAGUUCUCUUGUACGGGCCUCCAGGUACAGGCAAAACUCUUCUUGCACGUGCUGUCGCUAGUACACUUGAAACGAAUUUCUUGAAAGUUGUCUCAAGUGCUAUUGUAGACAAAUAUAUUGGGGAGAGUGCACGAUUAAUUAGGGAAAUGUUCGGAUACGCCAAGGAUCACGAACCUUGCAUUAUUUUCAUGGACGAAAUUGAUGCAAUUGGAGGAAGACGUUUUUCCGAAGGUACAAGUGCUGAUCGAGAGAUUCAAAGAACUUUAAUGGAGCUUCUCAAUCAAAUGGACGGAUUUGACUAUCUAGGACAAACCAAAUUAAUUAUGGCCACAAAUCGACCUGACACUUUGGACCCGGCUUUGUUGCGACCUGGAAGAUUGGAUCGAAAAAUAGAGAUUCCAUUACCAAAUGAACAAGGUCGUCUUGAAAUCUUGAAAAUUCAUUCAGCACCUAUUACAAAACAUGGCGAUAUUGAUUAUGAAGCUAUUGUUAAAUUAUCUGAUGGGUUUAAUGGAGCAGAUUUACGUAACGUUUGCACGGAAGCGGGUAUGUUUGCAAUUCGCGAAGAACGAGACUAUGUUCUUCAAGAAGAUUUUAUGAAAGCAGUUAGAAAGGUUGCAGACGCAAAGAAAUUAGAAUCUAAAUUGGACUAUGAAAAAUUAUAA